AGUCACUGACACCGCGUCAUAUCACGUUUUGUACCGUUCCGGACGUAGAAAGGAAAUACGCGACGCAAUAAGUAUUUUCGCGCGUUUACUGCGAACCUCGUGCGGUGUACUUAUCUGUAGAGAAACGCACGUUUUCGCAGCCAUGGUCCUCGCUGUCGCGGUUCUCCUGACGGAAACGCAAAAUCGGUGAAGUCUGAUGUGCUUUGUAUGGGGUUAUAUCGCAAAAAAUGACCUGGAACAACGUGUGCUGCAGGAUUAUCACGGUAUUUGCGGUAAUACUUGAAAUCUCAGCUACCAAACACUGGUAUGUUACUGAAAAUGGAAGAAUUCAGCCGCAGCAUGACAGUGUCUUUGAUAUGCGUCGACCCUACGAUCUCCUAGCCUUUCUGGAACAGGAGAAACGCAAGGAAACAGCCAAUGCCAUAUAUAAGAAAAUUUCCAGGAAGGAAGUGUCUAUUAACAAUCAAUUCGUAGGCUUAGGCAUGACAGAUGCAGACAGUUCAAAUUCUGAUUGUUUUUUAUGGGACAAGUCAUUGGGUGAUGUCGAUGUACACGCUAGCAUAGUAAUUGAUCAUAGAGCCAGAGAUGAAAUAGACCAGAAUGAUUAUAUGUUAUACAAUGUAGCUGCUAACAAUAAACAAACAGUUCCAGAUUGUCAAAGUACAUUUCCAUUAGAUUUUAGUAUAUAUACAUUUGAACAUCUUAAAGCGAUGCAGAAUCGAAAAAAUCUUACGCAUAAAGAAGAACUCAGCUUAAUGACGUAUCUACCACCAAAUACUAAUCUCAAUCAAUUUGGUCAUCAGCUCGCCUAUAGCUUGUCUCGCAACAAGACCUCCUGGAUAUAUUUUAAUUUAGCGUCGAUUUAUUGGCGGAUUAAGGGAAACACUUACAAUGCUUUAGAGUGCAGUCGUAGAGCAAUUGUGUGUGCUCCAAGGCGAUAUCGCGAUAUUCCUCUUCUGACUACUGCUGGCAUUUUACACGCUGCGAAAUAUUCUGGCGAGGCUGCAAUUGUUUUACAUGCGGCGAUAGAUCAUAAUCCGACGGAAAGUUACCAUCACCUGGUACUGGGCCAUAUUUACACAUCUCUUGGUGAUUUUGACCGGUCCGCAGCGUGCUAUGAUAAUUGUUUGAAAUUAGCACCCGACACUGUAGAAGCUAAACAGAUGAAGUAUGCCAUAUUGUGCCAUCGUUUGUUGGAAACAACUUUGUUACUAUUUGAUCAGCGUUUACAGAAUGUGUUGUCAGAGAUACAUGCAUAUUAUGAUUGGAAAGAGGAAUGGCUUAAGCUCUAUGAACAUAUGCUCUGGGAACAAAAUAUUAAAUCCACUACAAGGGAAAUUAAGCUUGCCUUUGCGCGAGAACACAAUUUACAUUUACUUGCGAUAAAUCCAGUUGAAAAGUCAAUUCAUCAUAUUGAUAAUAAUAUUGUACUAUCUUAUAUGGAUUUAGGAGAUAGGAAGAAAAUAGCUGAGAACAUGUUGCAGAAUGUUCAUCUCAGUCUCCACUUGUUGAAAAAUUUGCAGAAACAAGUGAACGAACACAGUAAUCAUGUCACGAAAGAUAUAAUGACAGAACUAAAUGUGGAAUAUAGUCAGUUAUUUGUCUCACCAACAAAAAGUCCAAAGUAUCACAAUGUGGAAAUCAAAAAAGGAAAUGAGGAUUUUGAAGCUGACUAUUGGCCAAAGAUAUCGGACUGUGAUGGCUCCAUGCUAAUGUUUGGAGAUGGAAAACAAUAUUUGCCUAUUUAUUUACCACCUGAGAACAAAGGUUAUGCAACACAUUUGUUUGUAAAUGAAUUGAUAGAUAUAGAACCAUGGAAGAAGCAUCCACUACCAUGGUAUCCGCCAACAUGCCAGUCACCAAAGUCAUUUAACAAAAAAUAUAUUACACCUGCAUUACUAGACGCGACUGUGCAACAACAUUCAUCAGAUGCGUCUUUGAAACCAUUCCUACAUAAUUUGGUUCAAACUGCAGAUUUUGCAGAAAUCGGCCAAAGAAUUUUGACGGCAAUUAAAGCGAAAGUAACUGCUCCAUGGGUAUUGUCCAUGCUGGCAUCUUUGCACUGGAGAAUAGUGGGGAAACCACGUUUAGCUUUGGAUUGUCUUCAAUUAGCAUUGGAUAAUGUUCCUAAAGAAUUCAAGGAUGUACCUUUAGUUAGUAUAGCUUCUAUACACCACAAAGUUGGGUUAAUUGAUGAGGCUUUAAGAAUUACAAACGAAGCCUUGCAAGUUAAUGCUGUAGAGCCAAUGACUAAUUUUUUAUUUGGGAUAUUAUUGAAUGUAAAAGGAAAUUAUACAGGAGCUAUAUAUUACUUGAAACAGGCAUUAAGAAUGGAUUUGCACUUACAUGAUGGUAGGGCUUUGAUGUUAUUGAAAACAUUGGCCUGUCGUGAAAAAUUUAACGUUAUUACGGGUAAUCAUGCAGGCUGUGAAAAACAAGGAAUUAAUUUACAUAAAGAUUCUACGAACCUGCCUUCUGUGUUACUUACUAAGUACAAUUUGCAAGCAAGUGAUACAUUUUUGCGCAAACGACAAGUCAAGAAUUGUAAGCAUAUUAAAUACACUUCGGCAAAGCCAGAAGAAACAGGUACAAAUUGUUGGAGUAAUCGCAAAAUUGCAUUACUGGACAUGCCAAAUUACAAUAAGAAAGAAAAUGUGCAUCAAGGUCUGAUACAUUCAUUGCUACUUCCUAACAGUGCAACUGAGCUACACGAACCACAUAUGGCUAUUAACAAAAUUUCAGACGAUGACAUGCUGUAUAGCUGGAUGUUCAGUCAGAUGUCCGACAAUCAGAAGGAAUCUUACUAUCCAAGUAAGGAUGAAUGCGACGAACUGAAAUACGAAGACUGGGCUGCUUCUCUAUUUGUAUUUCAUAAAUUUAUACGACGAAACAUGACCAUCGAAGAUGAGAUUGAAUCACUGGAUGAUGAAAUGCCGAUUUUACAGCCGAUAUGUGACAAGGAUAAUUCUGGAAUGAAUCGCGUAACCGAAGUGGUUCAAUUCUCACAAACGUUGCAAUAUAAAGCCGAGCUCGACAUGGCUGAGCGGUUGAUGAUGAUUAGUGGAACGCAGAGUGACACUUUGCAAGGACUUGGGACCAAAAUUGCGUUUGCUUUACAAAAGCAUUAUGCUUCUUGGACCUUGGCGAUAGCGGCAUCAUUUUACUGGCGCGUGAUAGGCGACAGUCGCAAAGCAUUGGAUUGCAUGUGGCAAAGCCUGGAAAACACUCCAAAGGAUAUGCAAGACAUACUUCUCGUAAAUCUGGCGUCUCUGCUUAGCUCGCAGAAUUAUUUCCAUGAGGCCCUCGAAGUCGCUCAGAUUGCUCUCUCGAUUGGUCCGGACUUUAUAAUAAAUCAUUACGUUCUCGCUAAUCUUCAUGCUGUUCUGGGCGAUUUUGAGACUGCUGCGAACUUCUACAAAUCCUCACUUGAACUCGAUCCGAAUUUUGAGCCGGCUAUAACGAGAUUACGAGUGAUAUUAUGCUUCUUGUUGUUCGAUGACAAAAGAUCCGCAAUGAGUGAGAUAUUGCGAAAUAUUUUGUGAACCUGUUUCCCGCAAAUUGUUCAUGCAAAGAAAUUUGACGAAUUGUUAUUAAAAGUGCCUUCUGGAUUGUCAAUAUCAAAAAGAAUGCACAGUACAUUGCUAGAAGGAAAGCAGUUGCGAUAGACUAUAUUUGUGUAUCUGUAUUAUGAUUUGUUUCAAAUUCGAAAAAAAUAACUGAAUAAUAUAAACACUUGUUUAAUUGUUAUAAAAAUUUGAAAAAAAAAUUUUUUUUCUAUUAAAUAUUGAAGUUAACAUCUCCGUAUGUUCGGUGUAGAGAACAGAUGAAAAACAUAGGCACGUUUUUAGAUAUAAAUUAUUUAAUUAUUUAUCUAUAUAAAUGCAAUUGAUUUCGAUGAAUGUGCUACUUUAUUGUUGUCUAAUGAUUAUGAAACAAUAUGUUACUAUGUGUAAAGUUGAAUAAAAUAAAUUUUGCAAUGA